CCUGGGAGAGCCCCAUGAGGGCAGGAGAGUGAUGGAGAGUAUGCCCAGCUUCCUGAAGGACACUUCAGCCUGGGAGAAGAUAGCCCCUGAGAACGGCAUUGUGGGACAGGAGCCUGGUACCCCACCACAGGAUGGCUUGCGCCAUGGGGCACUGUGCCUAGGAGACCCUGCUCCCUUUUGGAGGGGCGUCCUGAGCACUCCGGACUCCUGGUUCCCUCCUGGCUUCCCUCAAGGCCCCAAGGACACACUCUCACUGGUGGAGGGUGAGGGUCCUCGGAAUGGGGAGAGGAUGUCCAGCUGGCUGGGUAGCAAGGAAGGACUGCGCUGGAAGGAAGCGAUGCUGGCCCAUCCACUGGCCUUCUGUGGACCAGCGUGCCCUCCUCGCUGUGCCCCCCUGAUACCUGAGCAUAGUGGUGGUCAUCCCAAGAGUGACCCUGUGGCCUUCCGGCCCUUGCACUGCCCUUUCUUGCUGGAGACCAAGAUUCUAGAGCGAGCUCCCUUCUGGGUUCCCACCUGCUUGCCGCCCUACUUAAUGUCCAGUCUGCCCCCAGAACGUCCAUAUGACUGGCCUUUGGCCCCGACCCCCUGGGUACACCCCGGAGGCCAGCCAAAAGUGCCCUCUGCUUUCAGCUUAGGCAGCAAGGGCUUUUACCACAAGGAUCCAAACAUCCUCAGGCCAGCAAAGGAGCCCUCAGCAGUGUCAGGGUCUGGGUUGUUGGGCUUAGCCCCUGGUGGGCCUCUCCAGCGCGCCUGUGAGGCAGAGGGCCCCUCACUUCACCAGAGGGAUGGGGAGACAGGAGCCGGCAGGCAGCAGAAUCUUUGCCCACUUUUCUUGGGGUAUCCAGACACUGUUCCUAGGACCCCCUGGCCCUCUUGUCCCCCAGGCCUAGUUCACACUCUUGGCAACAUUUGGGCUGGGCCAGGAAGUAAUAGCCUUGGGUACCAGCUAGGACCACCAGUCACACCAAGGUGCCCAUCUCCUGGGCCGCCCACCCCUCCGGGUGGCUGUUGCUCAUCCCACCUACCUGGCAGAGAGGAGGAUCUUGGCCCUUGUAGGAAAUGUCAGGACAGCCCAGAGGGAGGCAAUAGUGGGCCGGGUGAAUCCAGUGAAGAAAGGAACAAGGCUAGAUCCAGGGCCUGUCUCCCAAGCCAUCACACCAAGCUGAAGAAGACCUGGCUCACACGCCAUUCAGAACAGUUUGAGUGCCCGGGUGGCUGUCCUGGAAAGGAAGAAAGCCCAGCUGUUGGGAUCCGGGCACUCAAAAGGGCAGGCAGUCCAGAGGUCCAAGGAGCAGCAAGGGGCCCAGCUCCCAAACGCCCAUCCCACCCUUUCCCAGGCACUGGGAGGCAGGGGCCCAGGGCUUGGCAGGAGGAGGCACCAGACACAUCCACAGGUAGCAAGGCAGCGAUGGCAGAGGAACAAGAAGAGCAGAGAGGACCCCAGGAUGGCAGGACUAGCCUCCAGGAAUCCAGGCUCGAUGGUACAUCUCACCAGGCUCACUUAGCAGGUGUCACUCAGUGCCAAAGCUGUGCCCAGGCAGCUGGAGACGUAGGAGUACUAAUCAACCACUCCCAGCAUUCACAUAGGUUGCCCCUGGAAGCAAAGCUGUUGGAGGCGGAGGACUCCUCUGUCAGCUCUGAGGAUGGAGGAGGGUCUGGCCUGGAAGCUCCGCUCAAUAAGGGCCUAGCUAAGCACCUGCUGAGCGGUUUGGGUGACCGACUCUGCCGCCUGCUGCGGAGGGAGCGGGAGGCCCUUGCGUGGGCACAGCGUGAGGGCCAGGGGCCAGCCAUGACAGAGGACAGCUCAGGCCUUCCACACUGCUGCAGCCGUUGCCACCAUGGACUCUUCAACACACACUGGAGAUGUUCCCACUGCAGCCACCGGCUGUGUGUAGCCUGUGGUCGCAUAGCCGGAGCUGGAAAGACCAGGGAGAAAGCGGGCUCCCGGGAGCAGCACAGAGACGAGUGUGCCCAGGAGGCUGGGCAUGCUGCCUGUUCUCUGAUUCUGACCCAGUUUGUCUCCAGCCAGGCACUGGCAGAACUGAGCGCUGUGAUGCACCAAGUCUGGGCCAAGUUUGACAUUCGGGGGCACUGUUUCUGCCAGGUUGAUGCCCGUGUGUGGGCCCCUGGUGAUGGGGGUCAGCAGAAGGAACCAACAGAGAAAACUCCCCCAGCACCACAAUCUACCUGCAAUGGAGAUUCCAAUAGGACCAAGGACAUCAAAGAAGAAACCCCAGACUCUACUGAGACCCCAGCAGAGGACCGCGCUGGCCAAUCGCCCCUUCCCUGUCCCUCUCUCUGUGAGCUGCUAGCCUCUACAGCUGUCAAACUCUGCCUGGGACACGAGCGGAUUCACAUGGCCUUCGCUCCCGUCACCCCAGCUCUGCCCAGUGAUGACCGCAUUACCAACAUCCUGGACAGCAUUAUUGCGCAGGUAGUAGAACGGAAGAUCCAAGAGAAGGCCCUGGGGCCAGGCCUUCGAGGGUCAAGCUUACGCAAGGGCCUGAGCCUGCCCCUGUCGCCAGUACGAACCCGGCUGUCUCCUCCUGGAGCUUUGCUGUGGCUGCAGGAACCCAGGCCUAAGCAGGCCUUUCACCUUUUCCAGGAACACUGGCGGCAGGGCCAGCCCGUGUUAGUGUCAGGCAUCCAGAAGACAUUGAGAGUUAGCCUGUGGGGAACGGAAGCUCUUGGGACACUCGGUGGCCAGGUGCAAACAUUGACUGCCCUCGGGCCUCCCCAGCCCAUAAGCCUGGACAGCACGGCAUUCUGGGAGGGAUUCUCUCACCCUGAGACACGUCCAAAGAUAGAUGAGGGCUCUGUCCUCCUGCUACACCGAACCCUGGGGGAUAAGGACACUAGCAGGGUGGAGAACCUUGCCUCCAGCCUUCCACUGCCAGAGUACUGUGCCCACCAAGGGAAACUCAACCUGGCCUCCUACCUCCCCCUGGGCCUCACCCUGCAUCCCCUGGAGCCCCAGCUCUGGGCAGCCUAUGGUGUGAACCCACACCGUGGACACCUGGGGACCAAGAACCUAUGCGUGGAGGUGUCUGACCUAAUCAGUAUCCUGGUGCACGCUGAGGCCCAGCUGCCUUCCUGGUACCGAGCACAGAAAGAUUUCCUCUCAGGCCUGGAUGGGGAAGGGCUUUGGUCUCCAGGUAGCCAGACCAGCACUGUGUGGCAUGUGUUCCGGGCCCAGGAUGCCCAGCGCAUCCGUCGCUUUCUCCAGAUGGUGUGUCCAGCUGGAGCAGGAACCUUGGAGCCUGGUGCCCCAGGCAGCUGCUACUUGGAUGCAGGGUUGCGGCGCAGGCUAAGGGAGGAGUGGGGUGUGAGCUGCUGGACCCUGCUACAGGCUCCUGGAGAGGCGGUGCUGGUGCCUGCUGGGGCACCCCAUCAGGUGCAGGGCCUGGUGAGCACAGUCAGUGUCACUCAGCACUUUCUGUCUCCUGAGACCUGUGCCCUCUCUGCUCAGCUGUGCCACCAGGGUGCCAGCCUGCCCCCUGACCACCGUAUGCUUUAUGCCCAGAUGGACCGGGCUGUGUUUCAAGCAGUGAAGGUGGCUGUGGGAACUUUACAGGAAACUAAAUAGAGGCUCCUGUUACCUAGAGGGGUGGUGGGCAGGUAACCAAGUGCUCAGUCUACGCAUAACUUCAACAGGGAAUAGUACAGGAGAACUAAGGUGUGGUCCAUUCUAUAAAUAUCACUUUGGGCACAACAGGGGACCCUGUUCCUCUCCCUGGCCCUAAAGGGAACAACUGUAGUGCCACUGAAGUUGACACCUGCUCCACCAUGGCUUCCCUCUCUCUGUGGUAUCAGGUUCAUACUAGGGGGGAAAUGACUCCUUCCAACCUCUAUUCUCCACCCCAGGGUAUGUACACCCUCCCUUAGGGAAGCUUGGGAAUUGUUUUGGCUUAAGUAACACUUCCUUUGGCCGACUUGUCCUGUGUUGUCCCUGGGCCCCCAGCUACGCUAUAGCUCACCGUGAUCCAGAUGAAACCCUCCUGACCAUAAGUCUGCUGUGCUGGGAGCCACAGGACUCUUCCCUUUACAGAGGAGCUGUGGGUUUGGGGAGGUGAUAACUUCAGUUAAUGGCCCAGACCGACUGGAGGGAACGACACGGGCAGUACCACUGUGCCCUGCGCCUACCUCUCUCCUCCCCAGUCUCUAUUAAAAAUCGGUUGUUUGGUGGCUGCUGCUAGCAUAGCUGGCCUUACUCUGCCAGCCACGUGGGCUAGGGAAAGAAGGCAGACUCAGAGGCCAGUGGACAGAAUGAGCAGGGACUGGGGACCUGGUGACAGAGACCUCCAAUACCACUGCCAGAUCUUUGGGGAGGCCUGGACCCCUGGAGUGUUCUGAGGACUGAAGAUAUUCCUGAGUGACAGUGGGGAAAGGCAGAGUUCUGGGGCCCAGCACUGAGACGGCCUCCCUGGGUGGCAUCAGCCUGUGGAGAUGAUAGACGCCUCUGCCUCUGUCCCACCUAUCCUGUGUCUUCUGACCUGGAGAAACACCCAGGAGAACCCUUGCUCAACCCAGCUACUCUUGGCAUCCAGGCCCCGGGGACAGAGCUUCAUGGCCUCAGACAGCUGACCCCUGCCCCAUGGCCCUUAUGAUAACGCUUUGCCUUCCUACCUCUUCCCCUGUGUUUCUCAACCGCACAAAUGCGCCAGCUCUUGUUAUACUUAACAGUUCCUGCUGUGGUUUGGGGAUUUUUUUUUAAUUAAAUAAAAGUUUUUAUUAUAAAUAGAA